AUGGAUAACAACGAGCAAGGGCCUCCUCCUCCGCCGGAGGCUCCAGACAAGGAGAAGAUGGAGCAGAUCCGGAAAAGGCGAAUGGAGAAAUUGGCAGGAACUGCGACCCCCAAAUCCGAGAAUACUGAGGGAGGGGAAACCAAACAAGCCAAUAACUCGCCAAAGAUCUCUGAGGAUAAUGACCGGGUGCAAAAGCCAAAGAUUAAUAUCAAUAAAGCACCCCCCACGUCGGCCGCCGAAAACCCGUUCGCGGAGCUAACAUCAAAGGCAACUAUAAACACCAAAUCCGUAAGAACAGGAGAGAUGAACUCAGUGAAACGUUCGCGGGCUGAAAAUGGUGAAAUACAGGCAAACACACAGGGAGCGCCACCCGCGAAAAGAACCACAGUCGCACCGGCGAUGGAAGAGCUGCCCGAAUACGAGGACCGUAUAUUAUCACAUAUUUUUCGAAUUACCUUAGAUCCCGACCAGAAGGUAGACACGUCUGGACAUAGAUUGAUAUAUCUGCCAAAUCUAAGGUCCGAGUUGGAAGAGGAUAAUGCGUCCAUUAGGUUCACUAAGGAUAGAUUGGACUCAGCGAUCCUCGAAGCGUGCUCGAGCAUUCCUUACAAAAGCUCAGUAUUAGAUUAUUUGUUACCAUGUUGGAAAAGAACGAUGAGAGCGACCAGGGGUUUACGAGGUUCCGUUGCUGGCAAAGACGAAAUCUUGAAGGAGGCCAAACGACUCUGUAUGAGCAAUUGUAUAUUUGCUUUGGAAAUGCCGGAACUCUAUGGUCGUGAGCCAAACUACGAGACGGAUUCUUUGGUUCCUCAUCUACUCCUAGACGCAGGAGAAGACAGGGGUAUAUGUCCAGACUUUCUAGCAGAAGCUGUCUCCCGGUUUGAAGAGGAUGAAUCUGUCAAAACCCUGCUGGCGAAAUCUGUGGCUGGCUUGAGUGCACAACUUUCUCAGCUAACAAUGAAGGAUAACUAUCAGCCAUAUGUCAAUGCUCUCAAACACAUGUGUCAGUUCCCACCUCUGGUUACUGCGAUUGCCGAGUCGCCAUUAUUCCAGAUGGCCGUGUCGCCAGAAGGUAUCGAGCGACAUACACUUCUUGGCCCAUUCUUCAGAAUAUCGCCAUUACAACCACAAGUUAGCAGCCAGUACUUCGCUUCACCGAAGUCAAUGGGCAAAAGCCAUAUCCGGAACGCACAGGACGGCUUACGUGCAGCUUUACAGCAGCAUCAGAGGGAUUUGCUAGACAUCAUCAACCUGUUUGUCCGUGCUAGCCCACAAGCAAAGAAUAAGACCUUGGAUUGGUUCGCAUACAUCGUUAAUCAGAAUCAUAAGCGGCGGGCUUUGCGUCCAGACGCAUCUAAACUCUCGUCAGAUGGGUUCCUACUGAAUGUUACGGUUGUCUUAGACGGUCUCUGCGAACCAUUCAUGGACGCUACCUUUUCGAAAGUGUCAAGAAUUGAAAUUGACUAUUUCAAGCGAAAACCUCGUGUCGACAUAUCUGAUGAGACCAAACUCAACGCGGAUGAGAAUGCAUCAGAGGAAUUCUAUAAAAAUGAAGCAUCAGGGACAUCUAACUUCAUAUCCGAAAUCUUCUUCUUGACCCUCGCAUCGCAUCAUUACGGUACCGAAGCUACCAAUUCCUCGCUCAGCAAUCUUGAUAAAGACAUCAAGUUCAUUGCCGGAAAGAUUGAGGAGUUUGAGAAGGAAAGAAAUAAGUACUUAGCUAGCCCUGCCCAAUUGCUAAGAUUCGAUGCGGAUUUGAAGAGGUAUAACGAUGUGCUCGAAAAAUCAAUGCAAACAAAGAUGGCGAUUGAGGGCGUUCUUUCAGACAAGGCAAUGCAAACAAAAUCCUUGUUGUUCAUGCGCUAUGUUACUGUGUGGUUGCUGAGAAUAGCCUCUGCAACAGACUACACCCCAGACAAGACUUUGAAGCUUCCACUGCCGGACCAGCAGCCCGAUAACUUCAAGUACUUACCUGAAUAUGUUUUAGAAGACAUCGUCUCAAAUUUCAAUUUCAUUCUUCGCUACAUCCCGGAAGUAAUGAUAUCAGCCGUUGGCGAUGAGAUUAUUGCGCUUUGCAUUACGUUCCUCACCAAUUCCGACUACAUCAAGAAUCCUUAUCUCAAAGCAAAGCUGGUCUCUCUGCUCUUCCAUGGCACGUGGCCUGUUUACCAUCUCAAAAAGGGUGUCCUCGGGGAUAACCUUAUUGCACUGAAAUUCGCGACUGACCAUUUAUUGCAUGCUUUGAUGAAAUUUUACAUCGAGGUCGAGGUGACAGGGGCCCACACACAAUUUUAUGACAAAUUCAAUAUUCGUUAUGAGAUUUUCCAAGUUAUCAAAUGUAUUUGGUCCAAUGAUACGUACAAACAGAGAUUGGCCCAAGAAAGCAAGACAAAUACGGAAUUUUUCUUGAGAUUUGUUAAUUUAUUACUCAAUGACGCAACAUAUGUACUUGAUGAGGCUCUAACCAAAUUUCCAAAGAUUCAUGAUCUGCAAGAACAGUUGGAUGAUCCUUCUUUGGGCGCCGAAGAACGAGCCACGAAGGAGGAGGAACUGCAAUCUGCUGAGUCGCAAGCUCAGUCAUAUAUGCAGCUAACGAAUGAGACCGUCUCCAUGAUGAAGCUCUUCACGAAAACUCUCAGCUCUUCAUUUACCAUGCCUGAAAUCGUUGACCGAGUGGCAGCUAUGGUGGACUAUACUCUGGACACAAUUGUUGGGCCAAAGUCUAAAAAUCUUAAGGUCAAGGACCCUAAGAAAUAUGCUUUCGAGCCGAAGACGCUCCUGAGUGAGUUCAUCGACAUUUACCUCAACCUCGGCGUUUCUGAGCGCUUCAUCGAAGCCGUCGCCCGAGACGGUCGCUCUUACAAGCCGGAAAACUUCAACAACGCAUCCCGUAUCCUAAGUCGUUUCAGCAUUCGCUCUAACGAAGACCUUGCCGCUUUUGAGGCUCUCAAAGAGCGGUUCAAGAUCGCGAAAGAGAUCGAUGAUCAAGAUGAAGGUGACUUGGGCGAGAUUCCAGAUGAAUUUGAAGAUCCGAUUCUUGCUACACUCAUGGAAGACCCUGUCAUUUUACCUAUAUCCCAACAAACCGUUGAUCGAAGUACAAUCCGCAGUCACUUACUUAGUGAUCCGCACGAUCCGUUCAAUCGGACAGAUUUGAAAAUUGAGGAUGUGAUACCGAAUACAGAUCUGAAAGAACGCAUUAUAAAAUGGAAGGCCGAGAAGAGGGAACAGGCAAAGAACGCUAGAGCCACAGCAACCGCUGAAAAGAUGGAUGUUACUGAAGGAUAA